CCGCGCUCCGCAGGCGGAGAGGCCAGGGCCAGGCCGCGCGUCCUGCGCAGCCGAGGUCCCCCAGCGCCCCCUACAGCUACGCGCGGGGGCAGAUGGAGCCCGACCCUGCACCUCCGCACCACGCCGGGGACCCCACCCAGCGGCCAGCGCCCCGGGACUGCGCGGACACCCGCAGCUCCUGGCAGCAGUAUCGGGGCGUGGGACACGGCGGGCGCGCGGCAUCCCAGGCCGCCCGGAUCGCCCCGCCCGCGGCUGGCGACUUCCCCUCCCCCUCCCUCCCUCCUUUCCUCUCUCCUGCCGGGGCCGGACACACUGCGCCUCUUCUCUUGGGGCGCUCUUUCCCCUGGGCCAACCGUCGCAUGUCGCGCAACUUCGGGGCAGCGGCCGUUGGUGUUGAAUGAUCCCGGCCGAGAGCUCAUGGCUGGAGAAGCGAGGCGCGGCCUCAGCCCCGGAGGGGCCGCUGUCUGGAAGGUGGCGAUGCUGUGGCCGUUGCUGGUCCGGACAGGGAGCCCCUACAACGUGGACACCGGGAGCGCGCUGCUUUUCCAGGGUCCUCCCGACACGCUGUUCGGCUACUCAGUGGUGCUGCACAGCCACGGGGGGAACCGAUGGCUUGUAGUGGGGGCACCCACUGCCAACUGGCUCGCCAACACUUCAGUGGUCAAUCCCGGGGCGAUUUACAGAUGCAGGAUUGGAAGGAACCCAGGUCGGACGUGCGAACAGCUCCAGCUGGGUAGCCCAACUGGAGACCCUUGUGGGAAGACUUGUUUGGAAGAGAGAGACAAUCAGUGGUUGGGGGUCACGCUUGCCAGACAGCCAGGCGAAAAUGGAUCCAUCGUGACUUGUGGGCAUAGAUGGAAAAAUAUAUUUUACAUAAAAACCGAAAAGCUCCCUACUGGUGUCUGCUAUGGCAUGCCCCCUGAUUUACGAACAGAACUGAGUAAAAGAUUAGCUCCAUGUUAUCAAGAUUUUGUGAGAAAAUUUGGAGAAAAUUUUGCAUCAUGUCAAGCUGGAAUAUCUAGUUUUUAUACAGAGGAUUCGAUUGUGAUGGGAGCCCCAGGGUCAGCUUAUUGGACUGGUUCUGUUUUUGUCUACAAUAUAACCACAAAUAAAUACAAGGCUUUUUCAAACAGACACAAUGAAGUGAAAUUUGGAAGUUAUCUAGGAUAUUCGGUUGGAGCGGGUCACUUUCGGAGUCAGCACACCACCGAAGUGGUUGGGGGGGCUCCCCAGCAUGAACAGAUCGGCAAAGCAUACAUAUUCAGCAUUGAAGAAAGAGAACUAAUUGUCUUACAUGAAAUGAAAGGUAAAAAGCUUGGCUCAUAUUUCGGAGCUUCUGUGUGUGCCAUGGACCUCAAUGCAGACGGCUUCUCGGAUCUGCUUGUGGGAGCUCCCAUGCAGAGCACCGUCAGAGAGGAAGGAAGAGUGUUCGUGUAUAUUAACUCCGGCUCGGGAGCAGUAAUGAAUGAAAUGGAAACAGAACUCAUUGGAAGUGAUAAAUACGCUGCAAGAUUUGGGGAAUCUAUAGUUAAUCUCGGUGACAUUGACAAUGAUGGCUUUGAAGAUGUUGCAAUUGGAGCUCCACAAGAAGACAACUUGCAAGGUGCUAUUUAUAUCUACAAUGGCCGUGUAGAUGGAAUCUCAUCAACUUUCUCACAGAGAAUCGAAGGACUUCAAAUUAGCAAAUCAUUAAGUAUGUUUGGACAGUCGAUAUCAGGACAUAUUGAUGCAGAUAACAAUGGAUAUAUAGAUGUAGCCGUUGGAGCUUUUCGGUCUAAUUCUGCUGUGUUGCUAAGGACAAGACCAGUAGUGAUUGUUGAAGCCUCUUUAAACCACACUGAGUCAGUAAAUAGAACAAAAUUUGACUGUGUUGAGAAUGGAUUGCCUUCUGUGUGCAUGGAUCUAACCCUUUGUUUCUCAUAUAAGGGCAAAGAAGUUCCAGGUUACAUUGUUUUGUUUUAUAACAUGAGUUUGGAUGUGAGCAGAAAAGCAGAGUCUCCAUCAAGAUUUUAUUUUUCUUCUAAUGGAACUUCUGACAUAAUUACUGGAAGAAUAAAAGUAUCAAGCAGAGUAACUAAAUGUACAACACAUCAAGCAUUUAUGCGGAAAGAUGUGCGAGACAUCCUCACUCCAAUUGAGAUUGAAGCCGCUUACCACCUUGGGCAUCACGUCAUCAGUAAACGCAGCACAGAGGAAUUCCCACCACUUCAGCCAAUUCUUCAGCAGAAGAAAGAAAAAGACAUAAUUAAGAAAACAAUAAAAUUUGCAAGGUUUUGUGCCCAUGAAAAUUGUUCUGCUGAUUUACAGGUUUCUGCAAAGAUUGGAUUUUUGAAGCCACAUGAAAAUAAAACCUACCUUGCUGUUGGGAGUAUGAAGACAUUAAUGUUAAAUGUAUCCUUGUUCAACGCUGGAGAUGACGCAUAUGACACGACUCUGCACAUCACACUACCCACAGGUCUUUACUUCAUUAAAAUUUUAGACCUGGAAGAGAAACAAAUAAACUGUGAAGUCUCAGACCACUCUGGCAUAGUAAAACUUGACUGCAGCAUUGGUUAUAUAUAUGUAGAUCACCUCUCAAGGAUAGAUAUUAGCUUUCUCCUAGAUGUGAGCUCACUCAGCAGAGCAGAAGAGGACCUCAACAUCACAGUGCUUGCCAACUGUAUAAAUGAAGGGGAAAUGGACAAUCUGAAACAUAACAAAGUGACUGUAGCAAUACCUCUGAAGUAUGAGGUAAUCCUUAAUGUUCAUGGGUUUGUAAGCCCAACUUCAUUUGUGUAUGGAUCAAAUGAUGAAAAUGAGCCUGAAACGUGCAUGGCAGAGAAAAUUAACCUCACUUUCCAUGUUAUCAACACUGGCAAUAGCAUGGCUCCAAAUGUUAGUGUGGAAAUAAUGAUACCAAAUACUUUUCUACCCCAAACUGAUAAGCUGUUCAAUAUUUUGGAUGUCCAGACUACUGCCGGAGAAUGCUAUUUUAAAAAUUAUCAAAGAGAGUGUAUGUUGGAACAGCAAAAGGGUGCAAUGCAGUCAUUGAAAGACAUAUUUCAAUUUUUGUCCAAGACUGAUAAGAGGCUAUUGUACUGCAUGAAAGCUGAUCUACAUUGUUUAAAUUUCCUAUGCAAUUUGGGGAAAAUGGAAAGUGGAAAAGAAGCCAGUGUUCACAUUCAGUUGGAAGGUCGGCCAUCCCUGUUAGAAAUGGAUGAGACUUCAGCACUCAAAUUUGAAAUAAGAGCUACAGCAUUUCCAGAGCCAAAUCCAAAAGUUUUUGAACUAAACAAGGAUGAGAAUGUUGCACAUGUUCUGCUGGAAGGAUUACAUCAUCAAAGACCCAAACGUCAUUUCACUAUAGCAAUCAUCUCAAGUAGCUUGCUACUUGGACUUAUUGUACUUUUAUUGAUUUCAUAUGUUAUGUGGAAGGCUGGCUUCUUUAAAAGACAAUACAAAUCUAUUUUACAAGAAGAAAACAGAAGAGACAGUUGGAGUUAUAUCAACAGUAAAAGUGAGAGUGAUGACUAAAGACUUCUUUCAAAUGGAAAGAACAGAAAACAGACUCAGGAUUUAUGAAAAAAAUAAGGCACUGUUUACAAGAAAA